CGAUGACACAGAACCCGACCGAAGUAUCUCGGAUUCGAAAUAUCUCCAAGGUACAAUUUGGGCGUUUCGACCUUUACCCCUGGUACUUUUCACCUUAUCCCGAAAUCUUCAGUCAGGAGGAUGUGAUUUUCAUUUGCGAAUUCUGUCUGAGUUAUUAUGGAGAUGAGAAGGCCUUUACGCGGCAUCGACGAAAGUGCACACUACAACAUCCACCUGGAAACGAGCUUUACCGGAACGAGGAUAUAUCAUUCUUUGAAAUCGAUGGUCGACGACAACGAACGUGGUGCCGUAACCUCUGCUUGCUGUCCAAGAUGUUUCUUGACCACAAGACACUGUACUAUGAUGUGGAUCCCUUCCUAUUCUAUGUUAUGACUGCGCGAACCGAAAAGGGAUGCCAUUUAGUGGGAUAUUUCUCCAAGGAAAAAGAGAGUGCGGACGGAUACAAUGUUGCUUGCAUUCUAACUAUGCCGCAAUAUCAGCGCAAAGGCUAUGGUCGACUUCUGAUUCAGUUCUCUUAUGAGCUUUCUCGCAUUGAGGGAAAGCUCGGCUCUCCAGAAAAGCCAUUGUCAGAUCUGGGUUUGCUGAGUUACCGACAGUACUGGUCAGAGAACAUUCUGGAGCUGCUUAUGGGAUACAAUGAGCGUGAAGAGAAGGUCACGAUUGAGGCAAUAUCAACAGCGCUGGCUAUGACAACGCAGGACGUGGAGCAUACCUUGCAAGCUCUCAGAAUGCAGGUAUACCACAAGAGCGACCACAAGAUUGUGAUUCCUGAGAAGCUGAUCCAGCAACGGGAGAAGACCAAGUUGAAGAGGAAACGAACAGUGGAUCCAACCAAAAUUCAAUGGAAGCCCCCAGUGUUCACAGCUUCAAGCCGAACAUGGGGUUGGUAAUUAUAGAUAUGAAGCAGAAAGCGAGCGAGCGAUGUAUGUAUGUAUAGAUAGCUUUAAAUGAUACCCCUGUUCCAUCAA